AACGUGUUACGUCAUAUGUUUUCCUUCGUCACGCGGUGGAUCCCUCGGGUGGAGCGACGUUACUGGAGCGGAGUUGAAACAUGGCAGACGAGGAGGACUCGGCACCGGAGCCUGCCGCUGUCUCUCCCCCGACGAGCCCUCCCUGCGAGCGGCCUCACUUCGUCUCCUUUUCCGAGAGCGUGCAGCCGGCGGUCGGGAUGAUGAGCCAACUGCUGAGCCAGCCGUCUUCUCUGAAGUUUGAUAAAAAUAUCAAGCAGGCCUUCUAUAACACCGGGGCGAUGAUCUUCGUAGCUAUCUGCUGCGCUGCGGUGCUGGUCUACUUCAUCCUGGAGGCCUUCCUCCGUCCGCUGCUGUGGGCUACGCUCUGCGGAACCUUUCUCCACCCCUUCAAGCACUCCCUGGCCCGGCUCGGCCGCUCCUGGCUCAGCGGCCUACAGGAAACCGGGACGCCCAUCGUGCUUGGGACCCUGCUGGUCCCUGUGUGGUGUGUGAACCACGGGAUGGAGGCGAUGGGUCGGCUGGUGCUGGAGAGGCUGACGGUGCUGCUGGUGAUCGGUGCCGGAGCGCCGCUGAUCUACUUCCUCUACCUGUUCUGGAGCGUCAUCGGCAUGCAGGUGAUCCUCGGGCACGUCUGCGGGAUCAUCGGGGCCGUGCUGGACUGUUUCCACACCGUGUGGGUGUGCACUUUGGUGUUUGGCUACCUGUUGGCUGUUUGUUUCAAAUGGGGUCCUCACACUGAGCAUUACCUGCGGGCUCUGGCUGUUCCUGUUUGGUCUGUCCUGCUCUUCUACAUUGUGUCUCUGACUGGCUCGUGGAAAGUGCCCAUAUUUGUGGUAAUGGUUAUUCUCAUGAUCCUUGGCUCUCUGGAGAAACCGCCUGUCCCUGGCAGAGGAGAGCUGUCAGGGCAGGUGUUGUCGUUCGCUGCUAACACUAUUUACAUGGCUAUCUCCUGUAGCAACCUUCAGCUGAAAACUGAGCCCAGUGGAAACUCAACUACAGAUGGAGUGCAGUCUGUUGGCCCACUUCCCUCCACGCCUGGAUUCCCUCGCGGCUCUCGUUCGUUUCCAGCCGGCCUCUUUCAGAAAGAGAAAAGCUCCCACAGAGCCAGUGACAUCUACUUCAUUCUGCUUGUGUGGGCCAUCGUGCUGGUUCAGGUGUGGCUAAACCUAUGGAUCCUACAGCUGCUGCCCAUUCCUCUGGCCGUGUGGGUGCUAAAGAAGCUGGUGGUCCACUUUGGCCUGAAGAGCUUUGCAGAGCGGACUCUCAGCUCGUGGUGGGUGGUGCUGGAGAAGCUGGGACGUGAGCGAGAGGAGGCCCUGCUGCCUGGACCAAUCAAAGGCCUGGCACAGUUCCUGCUGCGUGUGGACACUAAGCUCUGGCAUUGGCUUAACAAGCAGAUGAUCGUGUGGUUGGAGCGAUCUCUGGAUAAAAUCAUCAGCAUCUUCAUCAUCUUCGUCCUGGUUUCAGGGACGCUGCUCAUGGCUCUUCUGCUCACUGCUAUGGUUCAUCAUGAAAGCGUUCACAUCGUCGACGUAACGAGUAACCUCAUCAACGAGACCGUGUCUAAUCAUCCAGAAUGGGCAAAUUGGCUUCCAGAGGCUCAUGUGGUUCAGAAGGCUCUAAAUUCAGCUGCCACUAAUGUCUAUCAACACGGUCGAGAAUGGAUAACACAGAAGCUCCAUAAGAUGUUAGGAGACAAGGUGAACCACACAGCUGUGAUUGAGAAACAGGUUUUGGAGCUUUGGGACAGACUGUAUCACUCCUGGUUUGUGAAGAACACUACCCACACUGGACGCCUUCGUGGUCAGAAGAUGAUGGCUCAGAGACAGAACAGCUGGUUAGGCGACAUCCUGGACUGGAAGGACAUCGCCUCCUUUCUGCAGGAAAAUAUUGAGACCCUGCUGUCUAUCCUGGAGUCUCUGUGGGUGGUGAUGAGCAGGAAUGUCGGCCUCCUCAUCUCCACCACGACCACUCUCUUCACCGUCCUGUUCCACAGUGGCACUGCGCUGCUCAACUUCGCUCUGAGUCUGGUGAUUUUCCUCACCACUCUCUUCUACCUGCUGAGCUCCAGCGGUGAAUACUACAAACCUGUGAAAUGGGUGAUCAGCCUGACCCCCCUCUCCCAGCCUGGACCCUCCUCUAAUAUCAUAGGCCAGUCUGUGGAAGAGGCCAUCAGAGGAGUGUUUGACGCAUCUUUUAAAAUGGCCGGCUUCUACGGUCUAUACACUUGGCUCACUCACACCAUCUUUGGCAUCAACAUUGUUUUCAUUCCCUCUGCCCUGGCUGCCAUCCUGGGUGCUGUACCAUUCCUGGGGACGUACUGGGCAGCGGUGCCAGCAGUGUGCGACCUGUGGCUUGCACAGGGAGAAGGCGCGAAGGCCGUGCUGCUGCUGAUCUUUCACCUGCUUCCGACCUAUUUUGUAGACACGGCGAUCUACUCGGACAUAUCAGGGGGUGGACACCCAUAUCUGACAGGUCUGGCGGUGGCAGGAGGAGCAUACUAUCUGGGUCUGGAGGGCGCCAUCAUCGGGCCGAUCCUCCUCUGCAUCCUGGUGGUUGCAGCAAACAUCUACAGCGCCAUGCUGAUGAGUCCCAGCUCGGCUGCACCAACACCCGUGCAGUCCACCUGGCCGCUCCACCCCACGAGGACCUUCACAGACUCCACCCCUUCGGUCCUGAAGAAGAGCAGUGAGUGAGAGGAUUUGUUCCUGUGGCCUCUUACUGGCUGAUUCCUCGCUGGAACUGCUCUCCUCCAUGAAGCUCCUCCUUCGCCGCUCGCCCGGCUCUACAGGAGCCCCCGGCCCGGAAGAGAAGGCAGCCGACUGCUUACCAAAGCUCUUUCUCUGAGCAGUUUGUCUCCAGCUGCUCUCAAUCUAGACCCAAAAAAUGACGGACGUGAGCGUUCAUCCUGAUCCCAAAUAUUAACCAAUGACUGCACAUUGGACUUUGAAUGGUGAAGAUGUUGGUGCUAAUCAAUCAUCACUCUGUGCCAUGUGCCUAAAUAGGUUUUGAUACAUUUGAAAAAGCCUAAAAUGAUCGUCCAGUUUGUGGUGAAUAAUAACUUCAUAUGCCCCUGAUGUCCACCUUCACUCCCCGGCUGUGUUUCAGCUCCAGAAUGUGCUCGUGCAGUAUUUGUACUCCCUACCUCUCUCCUCAUUGAGGCUCACUUAGAGUUUAUAGCGACGGUUGGGCUGUGUGGAGAUAAACCUAAGUCCUCAAACCUGGCCGGGGGGGGGGGAGUUGAUAACUGUUUUUAUUAACUUCAUUCACGUUUCAGUGAUUGUAGCCCCAGAUCGCUGCUAACAAGACUCCUACUCCUGCUCUCCUGCACCAGGAUCCGUUACCACUUUGUCACUUUUUUUCUUGUUUUUUUUACUGUAUGUCAAUGUUUCAUCUUUUCUUCUAAUGUCUACAGGUUCAGACAGAUGACGACUACUUUAGAGGGUCGGACAAGUUGUCCGGUUAGGGAAUUUGGUCUGAAUUUGAGACCAGGGGAUUAACGAGGGAUUAUGUUUUAACAUUUUUCAUUGUUUUAUAAAACACUGAGUGCAAUUGAACAUAUCGAGCUGAUUCAGAAGUGAGAAUAUCGAUAACCUCAUUGACGAGAUUGACUGAGUAAUUUUGUCAGAAUUCCAAAGUCUUGGUAUGACUGUGAUUUUUUUUUUUCAGUAGUUGUAAAUCCAACAGGAGAGUCUUUAUGUUUUCUAUUCACCUCAUCCACUCUUCGCUCACUCCAUUCUUAAACAUCAGUCUGCGCACUUUGAACAGAGUAUGAAGUUGUUUACAUCAUUUGAAGCAAGCUGUACAUAUGAACUGUGUAUGUAAUGUGACACACUAAUCAAACUUGGCUACUAUGUUAGCUGCCUGGGGGUGGGAUAUGUCCUGGGUUUGAACAAGCGUUAGCAAUAGUUCACUGUUCAGCUGAAACUGUUUGCAUUUGGUCCUGUUGUAUUUUAUAUCACUGGAUAUGCACUGACACAAUAAACGUCAUUUAAACCAA